CGUCAUCCUAUGUAUAGCCGCUUUCUGUUCUCGUGCCCCUUUUACAAAUCAUUUCAUCCUGUUACAUCUUCUUUUCGACUCUCGAUUCUCGACUUUAUUUACUUCGACUAAUAACUUUUUGCUAGCCGUUGAUAGAUCGAUCGCACUGCCGCAAUAAUAUAUCAAAAUAAUCUCGUGGCUUACGUAGCAGCGUGGGAAACAGGGAGUUGCAAAGCUUAGCAUUUUUUAGCAGCUUCUAACCCAUCGUUCCCGCCACUUUAAGGUUAUCAGUCGUUGGUUCUAAUCAAUUUAAUCAUCUUGGCAUCUCCUUGGCAUCUGGGCUGGUUCCUGGGGUUUUACGUCUCGUCUCAUUCUUUGUUACUUUUCUAUUGCAUUAUUCAUUCACUUCAACUCACACCUUACCUCUCUUUUUGCUAGCCGCUGGCGUCUGUCUAGUUUCCUUCUUAUUAUACCAUUCAUCCUUGGCUCGCAUUGUCUUUCGUUUGCUCUUUUCUUCUUCCUUUUUUUUCUUCCAUUUCCAUCUUCUUGGAGUUCAGUCCAUAAGAUACAGACCGCGUCAUCCUAUUCGAGAACCCUUAACAAUUUGGCUUGCUUGGGUUACCCCACGAAAACUCUUGGCUAAUUCCCCGGGUACCUACGCCAAAAUAUCUACGAUCAUCUAUCCGAGACCUUUUAGCGGCUGCGGUGCAACCUAUUCUGCCAGAUCCUUUUAGAUCCGAGCUAUGAAAACUGUCACGACGUUUGCGGCCGGCGCAUUAGUCGCAUCCGUUGCUCGAGCACAAGUUGUACAAUGGGAUAUACAUAGAAGGCAAACAGGAGCCAAGCUCGUAAGGCGACAAGAUGGAACAGUUACGGAGGUUAUCACCAACGAGCAACUUAGAGGGGGUUAUUUUGCCUCUUGUACAGUCGGCACUCCUGCGCAGAAAUUAACAUUACAACUGGAUACCGGAUCGAGCGACAUCUGGGUACCCUCGAGCAGCUCUAGCGUCUGCCAAAAAACUACCAAUAAUCCGGGCUGCAAUCUGGGAUCUUUUGACGAAACCGAUUCUACAUCCUUCUCCGUCGUGGGGCAAAAUCAAUUCAGCAUUUCUUAUGUCGAUGGUAGUCACUCGAAAGGCGAUUAUAUCGCAGAGACGUUUGGAAUCGGCGACGCCACCUUGACCAAUUUAACUAUGGGUCUUGGCGUCAAUACCGAUAUCCCGUACGGCCUCGUUGGCGUGGGAUAUGUAGCGAGCGAGGCUAUUGUCGGUACUACCCGCUCUACUUCUUCUACAUAUGACAACCUCCCGGUAAAGAUGCAAAAGCAGGGACUUAUUGCUACCAAUGCGUAUAGCUUGUGGUUAAAUGAUCUAGAUGCGAGCACUGGUAGUAUUUUGUUCGGCGGAAUCGAUACCGAGAAGUACCAAGGCGACCUUACCCGAAUAAACAUCUACAAAGCUUCGGGCUCCGAUGUUUUUUCGUCCUUUACUGUCGCUUUAACGUCUGUGCAAGCGUCCUCUCCGUCAGGAACCGACUCCCUCUCUUCCGAGUUUCCCAUCCCCGUCGUCCUCGACUCUGGCACCACAUUCAGCUAUUUGCCAACAGACUUAGCAGAACAGAUCUGGCAGGAGGUGGGCGCCAGUUAUUACAGUGAAGCGAGCCUUCCGCUGCUCCCCUGUAGCAUGGGAACUAGCCAAGGUCACUUCUCGUUCGGGUUCGGUGGUUCUGGCGGUCCAGUCAUCAAUGUCACGAUGGACGAGCUUGUUCUGCCCCUGAAUGGUGUUAGCAAGUUUAAAGAUGGUCCAAACGCAGGGGAAGUGGCCUGUCAAUUCGGUAUCCAGAAUUUCAGCAGCAGCAGUGCAACGUUCCUUCUAGGAGACACUUUCUUGCGAUCGGCUUAUGUGGUCUACGACUUGGUUAAUAAUGAAGUUGCGAUGGCGCCUACAGAUUUCAACUCGACUGCAUCUAACGUUGUCGCAUUCGCCAGUCUUGGUGCUCAAAUUCCUUCGGCUACCGCGGCGCCUAACCAAGCCGAGGUAACCCAGAGCAGCUCUCUCGAGACACCGUCGUACGGUGCCAGCGGUGGUUUCAAGAAUUCUGGCGCCUCGCUACCGCCUCCCUUAGAUUUGUCCAGGAUAACCAUCAUGGGGGCUAGUAUGAGUCUAGUGAUGGUCGGCAGUGGAUUUUUUUUCCUUUUCUAGAAGGAUUUGUCAUAGGUUCAGAGCGUUUGGGACCAGAUCACAUGGCGCCAUCAUUUAUUUACCAUCGUCUUUAUUUACCUGUAUAUGUUGAGCCGAACAAGCACUUUCUGGGCUAGACUCAAGGCUGACCGUUUAACAUUUGAAGUGUACAUACCUACGAUUCGUAACCCUGUUUAUAGACUGACUGGGUUUCAUAGGGCACUGGAAAACAAAUAAGGGCGGCUGCAAUGCUGUAGAUUUGGUGAUGGAUGCUAAACUAGACUCAAGUAGACGGGUCUAGGUAACGCUAAGAGGAAACAAGAGACUUCAUCAUCGUGCUUACAAGCAAGGGUGGGCAAGAAAAAGGUCUUCAUUUCGGCCAAAGUUUGUACAUAUCAAUAGCUAUGUAUAAUAUCACUGCCUGAGUUGGAUAGAUUAUUGAUAAUUACCUAUCUACCUACCUAGAUAAUAACUGACAUAUUCUAGAGGCAGCAAACGAUACCUAGGUAGUUUUUCAAAGUUGACGAUCAAGUGAGAUUAGUACUAAUAGCAGAUGUGCCGAUACAUAGUAGUACUUAUGUACGUACCUGAGGUACCUUAUUAGAAGC